UUCCUGGAGGUGGGAGCUUUGAGUGAGCAAAAUUCUAAGGCUUUUGGUCUAUCCCAAGAUUUCUGAAGACUCGUCUGGAUGAAACUGAAUUAGGUGCCCCCACAGCCCUUGCGAAUAAUUAACCCGAACCCUCAAAUUCUGGCCGCUUCCCGGCGGAUUUUGAAACGCUUCUAACGAUUGGUCAAUGACUUUCCACGGCCAAGAAACGGGAGACGCCAUUGGCUGGAGGUAGCGGGCGGACUCGGAAUGUUAGUCCUGUGGUUGCCGUAGCGACCGGGAGGCUGGGCGGUCCAGAUUCAGUACCCCUGACCUACAGGUAGGAGGCGGUUCCAGUUAGGGGCCGGUCCCUGAGGUCCUGAGGAGGAGAACGGCGCAGCCCAUGGGACGCCCCCGGAGAUCCGCAGCCCCCGGAUUCUAGGCCCGUGACAACCUGUCAUGAACAGUUGUACCAACAAGUACCCCAGUGAGGCACCCCUGAGCAGUGCUCCGUUCACACCUGGGCUGCACCAACUCCCCUCUCGACUUCCCAGGUUUUACUGCUGCAUAUCCAACAAAACCCUCCAUUCCUUUUAAAUCACAAAUUCCAGUAGCUCCAGAACAAGAAAAAAAAGGAUUUAACAGUCAAGCCAAGAGAUUUUAUCAUAAGCAGGAUGACAUUCCGGGUCCUGGGUUCUACAACGUCAUCCACAAGUCUCCUGUGUUCAACAGCGUCUCACUGUCCAAGAAGGGGACCUGCACCUUUCCCUCCAUGAGCGUCCGCUUGGGCACCAUCAUUUCUAAAUAUCCCGCGGCGAAUGCGUACACUAUCCCAUCAGAUUUUAUUUCGAAGAAAGACUUCAGUAAUUCCUGUUCUAGCAUGUUCCAGUUGCCAAGCUUCAUGAAAGUUCUCAAAUCCGAAACCCCCGCACCAAACCACUACAACGCCUCCAUCUCUUGCUGCAAGCUAAAGAACAAUGUCUCGGCCCGAGCUGGGUUCCUGUCCAAGACCGGGAGAGACUCCUUCACCACCACUGCCACAGGACCUCCCCCAGGACAGUAUGAUGUCAACGAAUCCCUUGUGAAGCAGUCACCAAAGUCGUUAAUGUCUUGCUUUAAGUCAAAAACCCAUCGUGGAUUAAAACUGACGUCAACAGGCCCAGGGCCUGGUUACUACAACCCAAACGGUCUCACCAGGGUUCCAAAGAAGACCCAUGUUCCGAAAAACCCCACGCUGAACUUCUCUGCUCAGCCUCUGCCUCUGCCCCUGAAGCCGUCUCUGCCAGGCCCGGGGCAGUACGAGAUCGUGGACUACGAAGGGCCCCCCAAGCACUUCAUCUCUAGCGCCUCGUUUGUGUCCAACACCAGCCGGUGGACAGCGGGGCCGGCCCAGCAAGGCCUGCCCGGCCCAGCCACCUACAAGCCGGAAUUCCCGGGAAAGCAGUCGUUCCUCUACAACGAGGACCACAAGUGGAUCCCAGUGAUGUAGUGAGAAGCCAGGAAGACCCAGAGACACCUGUGGCAGACAGGAAGGUGCUGGCUGGGCCCUCGACUCAACUAAGACUUCAUGUUGCACCUUCAGGAAGAAUCUGGAAGCUGGCCACCAGGGCCCUUUUCUUCGUCACCCCCCUGGAGAGCUGCCCGGUGGUUCACAGGCUUGUGUGGCACGUGUGACAGUCCCUUGCUGGAGCCAGAGCCCUGGACGGAGCAGUUCCCAGGGACAGGGAGGCCACACUGUGCCCUGUGCCACCAGCUCUCUCUCCCCGUGAACUGGCCCCUGCCUGAGCCUGGGCUCCAUCCCCCCCUGACCUCCUGCUUGGGUGGCAGAGACAGACUUCUUGACCAAGUUGGACGCCAAUUUUAACAGAUCUCUUCUGGCCUGCAUAAUUUCUCCUCAUCAAGAGGGAGGGGCUACUGCAGAACCACGGAGAAGUGGAGCCCACCACAACGCCCCUCCUCGCUCACUCGGCCUUGCGUGGAGUCUCUCUUGCACCUCCCCCAGCCCCAGCCCUGACCCCACAGGUCCUGGCCUCUCACUGCUGCACCCUGGGCCUUCCUGUUAGAACUGGCUGCUGAUGGGCUCUCCCUUUGGGGGUGGAUGAAGAAGAGGGAGGGAAAGGAGGGAAUAACAUUUUCAAUUAAACGGAAUUCUUGCUUCUCACUAAA